GACGUCUGACCGUCCUCACAGAUUUGAUCUUAUCUGUCAGUUUAGUGCAAAGACCAAACCUUAUCUCGGUAAUUCCCGAGUCUUACUGCGUGCAUUAUUAUUAGUGCUUCAAAAUGAAGUGGUGCUUUGUGCUCAUAUUUGUGAUUGGGGUGCAAUCUAGGCCCCGCCAUUUUAAGCGUCACGCCACUCUAGGACCGGAAAACGAAUGUCUCGACUCCCAAGGACUUACCAUGAAAGACAUAGCUCCGUACGUUCAAAAGGUAACCGAUCUCAAUAACAAAAUGAUGGGCGAGUACUUGGUUUGCGUCUGGAAGAAGAGGCAAAUGAUCACGCCCGAUGGCGAGGUUAGCGGCGCGAACAUAUUCAGAUACCUUGAGGACAUUUACCACAAGAGCAGUCUAUCAGAUGGAGAUAAGGUCGAAAUGCGUAGCGCAUGCGACGAGUGCGAAAAGGUCAAGGACCACGACGAAGGAGUUUUGGCGAUUAAGAUAAAAAAUUGCAUUCUGGAGCAGAUUCAGAAGUUGUCAUUUUUAGCUAAGCCGAAACCUUCAACAUUACAGUAAUGGUGUUGUUGGAUGGCUCAAUGCAUUGCUAGAAAGUAAUUUGUCUAAAAACCUUAUCAAACUCAAUCCCAUAUUGUAACACAUUAUGCAUUUGAUAAUCUUCUGUAUUAAAAUUGAUCCAGAAGUA